AUGGCAGUGCCCAAUUCCACCCGUCGCUGCCCAUGGUCCCUCUUGGACUCCACAUCCACCUCUCCCUGUUGGACUGCAGGUGGCCCUUCCCCGGGCGGCGGUGCCCCCUGGCACCUUCGGAAUGUCCUUAGCGAUUCAGUGGAGAGCUCAGAUGAUGAAUUCUUUGAUGCUAGAGAGGAGAUGGCAGAAGGGAAGAAUGCCAUCCUCAUUGGAAUGAGCCAGUGGAAUUCAAAUGACCUGGUGGAACAGAUUGAGACCAUGGGGAAGCUAGAUGAGCAUCAAGGAGAAGGGGCCACAAUGUGCACAUCGAGCGUCCUCCAGGAGAAGCAGCGAGAACUGUACCGGGUGUCCUUGAGAAGACAAAGGCUCCCAGCCCAAGGAAGCAUCGAGAUCCAUGAAGACCAUGAGGAAGGCUGCUCUCAGCGCUCCUGUAAGACACACGUGCUCCUGCUGGUGCUGCACGGUGGCAACAUCCUGGACACAGGCUCAGGGGACCCCUCCUGCAAGGCGGCCGACAUCCACACCUUCAGCUCUGUCCUGGAGAAGGUCAUUCGCGCCCACUUCCCCGCUGCCCUGGGCCACAUCCUCAUCAAGUUCGUCCCCUGUCCUGCCAUCUGCUCUGAGGCUUUCUCACUCGUCUCUAACCUGAACCCCUACAGCCACGACGAGGGCUGCCUCAGCAACAGCCAGGACCACGUCCCCCUGGCUGCCCUGCCCCUGCUCGCCAUCUCCUCCCCGCAGUACCAGGACGCUGUUGCCACAGUCAUUGAGAGAGCCAAUCAGGUGUACAGCGAGUUCCUCAAGUCUUCUGAUGGGAUUGGAUUCAGUGGGCAGGUGUGCCUCAUUGGGGACUGUGUGGGCGGCCUCCUGGCCUUCGAUGCCAUCUGCUACAGUGCAGGGCCCUCAGGUGACAGCCCAGGCAGCAGCAGCCGGAAGGGGAGCAUCAGCAGCACUCAGGACACCCCAGUGCUGGUGGAGGAAGACUGCAGCCUGGCCAGCAGCAAGCGGCUCAGCAAAAGCAACAUUGACAUCUCCAGUGGGGUAGAGGAGGAAGAGCCCAAGAGGCCAUUGCCACGGAAACAGAGCGACUCCUCUACCUAUGACUGUGAGGCCAUCACCCAGCAUCAUGCCUUCCUCUCAAGCAUCCACUCCAGUGUGCUCAAGGAUGAGGCCGAGCUCUCUGCUGCUGGAGGGCCCCAGCUGCCUGAGGUCAGCCUGGGCCGCUUUGACUUCGAUGUGUCUGACUUCUUCCUCUUCGGCUCACCCCUGGGCCUGGUCCUGGCCAUGCGGAGGACGGUGCUGCCUGGGCUAGACGGUUUCCAGAUACGUCCUGCCUGCAGCCAGGUCUACAGCUUCUUCCAUUGUGCAGACCCCUCGGCCUCACGGCUCGAGCCUCUGCUGGAGCCCAGGUUCCACCUGGUGCCUCCUGUCAGUGUGCCCCGCUACCAGAGGUUCCCACUGGGUGACGGACAGUCUCUCCUCUUGGCUGAUGCCCUGCACACCCACAGCCCCCUGUUCCUGGAGGGAAGCUCCCAGGAGAGCCCCGCGCUUCUGGAUGCCCCUGCUUCACCCCCUCAAGCCCCAAGGUUCCAGCGUGCAGGACGGAGGAUGAGCGAGGGCAGCUCCCACAGUGACAGCUCAGAGUCCUCCGACAGCCUGGCACCUGUGGGUGCCUCCCGCAUCACGGCCAAAUGGUGGGGAACCAAGCGGAUCGACUAUGCUCUCUACUGCCCUGAUGUCCUCACCGCCUUCCCCACCGUGGCCCUGCCCCAUCUCUUCCACGCCAGCUACUGGGAGUCCACAGACGUGGUUGCCUUCAUCCUGAGACAGGUGAUGCGCUAUGAGAGUGUGAGCGUCAAGGAGAGCACUGGCCUGGACCCCGCAGCGCUGAGCCCUACCAACCCUCGCGAGAAGUGGCUUCGCAAGCGGACCCAGGUCAAACUGCGGAACGUCACUGCUAAUCACCGCGCCAACGAUGUGAUUGCUGCCGAAGACGGCCCCCAGGUCCUGGUGGGGCGCUUCAUGUAUGGGCCUCUUGACAUGGUGGCUCUGACUGGAGAGAAGGUGGACAUCCUGGUGAUGGCGGAGCCAUCCUCAGGCCGCUGGGUGCACCUGGACACGGAGAUCACCAACAACAGCGGUCGGGUCACGUACAACGUGCCCCGGCCACGGCGCUUGGGGAUCGGCGUCUAUCCUGUGAAGAUGGUCGUCAGGGGUGACCAGACCUGUGCGAUGAGCUACCUCACGGUGCUUCCCCGGGGCAUGGAGUGUGUGGUGUUCAGCAUCGAUGGGUCCUUUGCGGCCAGCGUGUCCAUCAUGGGCAGUGACCCCAAGGUCCGGCCGGGCGCAGUGGAUGUGGUGCGGCACUGGCAGGACCUGGGAUACAUGAUCCUUUACAUCACGGGGCGGCCGGACAUGCAGAAGCAGCGGGUGGUGUCGUGGCUGUCCCAGCACAACUUCCCACAGGGCAUGAUCUUCUUCUCCGAUGGGCUGGUGCAUGACCCACUGCGGCAGAAGGCCAUCUUCCUCCGCAACCUCAUGCAGGAGUGCUUCAUCAAAAUCAGUGCUGCCUAUGGCUCCACCAAGGACAUCUCCGUCUACAGCGUGCUGGGCCUGCCAGCUUCCCAGAUAUUCAUUGUGGGCCGGCCCACCAAGAAGUACCAAACCCAGUGCCAGUUCCUGAGUGAAGGCUACGCCGCGCACCUGGCCACGCUGGAGGCCAGCCAUCGCUCCCGCCCCAAGAAGAACAACUCGCGCAUGAUCCUGCGCAAGGGCAGCUUCGGGCUCCACGCGCAGCCCGAGUUCCUGCGCAAGCGCAACCACCUGCGCAGGACCCUGUCGGUGCAGCAGCCAGACCCGCCGACCGUCAACCCCAAGCCUGAGCGGGCCCAGAGCCAGCCCGAGUCCGACAAAGACCAUGAGCGGCCGCUGCCCGCGCUCAGCUGGGCGCGUGGUCCCCCCAAAUUCGAGUCGGUGCCCUGAGAGGCGGGCGGUACUCAGAGCAUUGGGGCAACCAGGCUGCCUGCAGGGACGGGAGGGCUGCCUUCUCCCCGACACAGGCGUUUUCCUGCUUUUUCCCUCCCAUGUCUGUCCAGCCGUGUCUGACCCGAGCGGGGAGGGACCCUGCUGGCCUUGGGGGAGCUCUUGGGGCUGCGACAGGGUGAAAUCCGGGGGUCUCAGAGCUGCUGCCGCUGCUGCCUCCCCACGCAGGGACGGCAAGCCCUAGUCAGGGCUUUGUGUCAUCCUGCGGCCAAGCCUGCCGGAGCCCAGUGUUCUAGCAGAGUCGACCCUCUUUUUGAGUCCCCAGGCUCCGUGGCUAGGCUAGGCGAGCUCUACUGGGAGAAGCCCCCAGCCCGGGGAUCAACAGCCGCUGGCAGGUGCUGCCUCUUGGCUGUCUUGUGGAGGAGCGAGUGGCAUUUGUGCCCGCCCUCCUUGUGAUAUCCCUAUCUUAUGGCAAAGUGGUCACUUUCUAGGAGUGAGAGGAUGUCCCGCGGGUCCAUCCUAGUAUGUGGUGUCUGUCUUCAGCCCUGGAAGCCGGAUCUGGUGCUGACGGUCUGUCCUCCUGCAGCUGUCCUUUGUCCCUCACUCUUGUCCUCAGUGUCCUCACCGUUCUCCAGUGGCCCUUGAGGACAGGUUCCUCUUCCAGGAUCCCUGCUUUUUGGUCCUCUCCUAUGAGGCUACAGUCUUGGGUUUUGGCCCAGCUGGACUGGCUGUGUGCCCUUGAGUCUGCUGCUCACCAUCUCUGGACCUGGCUUUCCUUCUGGGAUUGGGAGGGGGUCCACCCCCUAGCUGAGAUGGGUGCAAGUUUUUGACUCAGGCUGUCCUGAACUUCUGACCUUGAGAUUUUUCAGCGUGCACGUUAUAAGGUGCCCCUUCCACACAGUCUCACUGAAGGGUUCUGGGUGGGCCGGGGGAGGAACUCUUGGCCCAGCACCCCAGAGGAAGCCUCUGUUCCAUGGGGAGCCACAGCAGGCUUGUUUUGCACUGACACCCAAAUGGGGCAUUCCAGGGACAGGAGUCCCCCAGAGGGUAGUGAUCUGGCCUCCCACCUCCGGCUCUGAUCAGACCUAUUCCCCUGUUGGUUUCUGGAAGGCACAGAGUUGAGAUAGCAGGGCCUAUCAUGGGGGCUUCAUGGAAUUUUGGCUCAAACUUGUACUCCUUCCCUUCCGGCUACCACUUAGCUUGGUUUGAGCCUCUAGCCUCCCCUGGGUUGUUGCCUUGAGGGUGCAGGGCUUGGCUCUCCUGGGGCCCCUCAAAGUCUGCCCAGGUCCUCCUGCUACUGAGCCCCUGGCCCAGGCAGGGUGUCCUGCACCUGCCUCUGCUCCCCACCCAGGCUCACACCUGUGGUGGGGCUGUCCCAAGCUGCCUCUGUGCCCCCAUGGGCUGCCCCUGAGGCUGGCCCUAGCUCUGUCAGCCGGGCUGCCCCAGGGCCCAGACAUCUGUAUACACAGCAGGCACCUGUGUGAGCUCAGUGUCGCUUCUGCUCACUGUCUACCUCUUGCAGCUCCCCUACAGCCCGCGGCGGCUGCUUCUGGGGGGCAGUUGGCAUCAUUGUAGUGAAUCGCCUUGGCAACCUGGGCACCCUGCUGGGGCCGGAGGGGUCUGGGCCCUCAGACCCCACCCCCGCACCUUCUCCAGCCUGCCAGAUACUGCCGCCUUUGCCCAACCCACCUUCCAGCUCUUGUAAUCCCCUUUCAGCCCUGCAUCCUGUGUCCGAGCCCCAUGAGGCUGCGGGGGACGGGGGCUCGGCCACUGCUUCCUCUGUGGUUGUCUCUGGCAGUUUGCACAGGCUCACCCCCCCUUUAACACGGCGUGGUUCUUGACUCCCUCUUGGCACCAGCUCCUCAGCAUAGCCACUUUGUUCCUAACCCUUUCUACUCCUUCCCCCCAAAAUAUCUUGAUUUAAACUUGAGCGGAGUUACUUUCUAAUUUUUGGAUGCUCCAUCAUUUCCUUUUUGUGGGAGUCACUGACGUGUCACUUUCAAAUGAUGAGAUAAUUAGCGUGAGACCCUUUCCCCCAGGUAGGUUCCCUCCUCCCUUUCUGAGAUCCCCCUGGCUGGGGAGUGGGGUGAAUGGGAGGGGGAGCACCCACUUGUGAGCUGGGGUCCCCAGGGAGGUGGGAGUCAGUGACCAGGGCUCUGUGCUUCCGGAGGUUAGAACUGAGACACAGGACCCGGCAGGAAGGCUACCACCCCUUCCUUUGCCGGAACCCCAUAUCGGGACUUUGGCGGCUCCCGCACAAGAUGCUCGCGGUGUACAGGGAUAUAUUGUGAACCGAACACCCUCCGAGCUGUAGUCGGUGUGUGUGAAUGUGUGUGUACUUGCAGUUCUGUUUAGUCUCAGUAUUGCCUUUUCAGCAACCGUUUCCCCCAUACGCACUUUCUAUACUAGUGGUGUGUUCAGUUUUGUCUGGUAAGUCAGAGACAAAAAGAACUGAGCUCUUGUUCUCUGGAGGGACUGCUGUAGCCUCUCUUCCAGUAGUUCCGUGACCCCCAAUCCAGCUGUUUUUAGACUCCUAGCUCCUGGUGUGCCUGCUAUCUAGCAGCUGGAAAACAGAUCUUCCCGCCUGACUAGAGCUCCUUACUUUUCCCGAGGCAUGUUUGUUCUUCCCCACGCAGUGGCUGUGCUGGCUGAGGGCCUGCCUGCCACCUGCCUUCCUCUAUCACUUGCCCUCUUGGGGGUUCAGGGUGCAUCUUUUGCCAGGGCCUGCUCUUCCAGCAUCAUGGUUUUUUCCCUAAAGAUCUUGACUCCUCUAUGAAGCACCGCACACUGUUUAAAAAAGUUUCUUUGUGCAUUUGGAUGAAGAGCCUUUCUGUCUGAGUGCUGGCUACAGCAACUGUGUCUGAACUCCAGUGGGAGUAUUUUUUGGGGUGGCUCUCUGAAAGAGGGGAGGCAGGAUCCCAGGGUUUUUAAACUGUACUUUUUUUUCCACUUUGAAGCCCAUACCCGUGCCCCAGAAGUGUCCUGCUGACAAAAUAUCCACCAAUCUUUAAAUGAAAUCAGAUUCCACCUGUGGUAGGUGGAUCUGGCCCAGAGAUGGCACCAGUUUUCACCUGGUUUGGGUGCAGCCCUGCCUAGGAGGGGAGCCCUGACUGGGAGGGAGCCUUGUAGUAGAGCCUGCCUUAAACAACCAACUUUUCAGCAGAAUCCCAGGGGGUCUGUGUGCCAAGUGCUCUGGAGACCUAUUUUCUUUGGCUCAGUCAAAAACCCCCAUGCAUCCUCAUGGGCCUGGGGAAUUUUCAGUAUCUGAAUUAGGGUUAAGUCCAGGCAGUGAUGCCUGGCUGGGUUCUGCUCUCCUUGCUAAGAAACCAACAGGAUGUUUGGCAGGAUAGUCAAGAGUUGGACUUCAGUCUGUUUGGGACACAGGAGAGGCAGGUGACACCAAGGAGGGACAGGCCAGAGAAGGGCGGCUCAUGCAUGGGGACCCCCACCUUCGGACCCCGCUAUCCCUUUGUUUGUAUACUCAGUGGUGGCAGCCAGUCUGCCCUUGUCUGUAGUCUGACUGUUCCUAAGUGUAUAACUUUCAGUAUUCUGUGAUGGGUGAUUCUAUUCUGGAAAAGGUUUAUUAUAUUCCUAUGGCUGCCUUGUACAAAAUCCGUUAGAAAGAACAUGUAAAAUAUCAGAUUUCUAACAUGACAAAACAGCAUUAUGGAGUUAAAAGAUUUUUACAACUGGUCUUGAUUUUGAUGUGAGCUGGUUU